AUGAAGUUUUCCGGAUUCCUUUUCUCCUUAUUGUGUGGAUUAAAAUUACUUUUUCUAGUGCCGGCAAGAGCCAAUGACUUUUCCUCGUUUCUCAGCGCAAACGCUUCUCUUGCCGUGGUUGUGGAUUACGAGUAUAUGGCCACUCACAGACAGAAUAUAAUGGCACAUUUCGAAAAAAUCUUGAGCGAUAUUGUGCGCGAGAAUAUGAAGAAUGGUGGCAUUAAUGUGCGUUACUUUACGUGGAACUCCAUCAAAAUUAAAAAAGAUUUCUUGGCUGCCAUAACUGUGGCAGAUUGUGAAAACACCUGGAAUUUUUAUAAAACCACGCAGCGAACUUCGGUUUUAUUAAUUGCCAUCACAGACUCGGAUUGUCCACGUUUACCCCUAAAUCGUGCGUUGAUGAUACCCAUGGUCGAUCAUGGUGAUGAAUUUCCCCAAAUCGUACUAGAUGCCAAGGUGCAGGGCAUUUUCAAGUGGAAAGCAGUCAUUGUGCUAGUCGAUCAAUCCAUACUUGAAAGCAAUCCGAUGCUGGUCAAGUCUAUAGUACAUGAAAGCACCACCAAUCAUAUACCGCCCAUAUCGGUGAUUCUCUACAAGAUCAAUGAGAAACUACGUGGUCAGCAAAAACGUGCAGCACUGCGUGAAGCAUUGGCUCAAUUUGCUCCGCCCAAGCAUGAACUGAAACGUCAGAAUUUCUUGGUGAUUUCCAAGUUUCAUGAGGACAUUAUUGAGAUUGCCGAGACGCUGAGCAUGUUUCAUGUGAACAAUCAAUGGAUGUUCUUUGUGCUCGAUGAACUUCGACGGGAUUUCGAUGCCAAUACAGUGACCAUAAAUCUCGAUGAGGGCGCCAACAUUGCAUUUGCUCUCAACGAAACUGUGGACAAUUGUGUUGACACGCUGAACUGCACCAUAACUGAGGUAUCGAUGGCAUUGGUCACUUCAUUGUCACGCAUGAUCCUGGAGGAACAGUCCAUCUAUGGCAAAAUAUCAGAUGAGGAAUGGGAGUCGAUACGUUUUACCAAGCAAGAGAAACAAGACGAAAUGCUGGAGUAUAUGAAGGAUUACCUGAAGCUAAACAGCAAGUGCGCCAGUUGUGCCAGGUGGCGUUUUGAGACUGCCAUUACCUGGGGCAAGAGUCAGGAGAAUCGCAAAUAUCGUCAAGCGCCCACUCGCACAUCCAAAAACCGUAACUUCGAGUUCCUAAACAUUGGCUACUGGAGCCCUUUGUUGGGCUUCAACUGCCGGGAGCUUACAUUCCCACACAUCGAGCAUCAUUUUCGAAAUAUAACCAUGGAUAUUGUGACAGUGCACAAUCCGCCCUGGCAAAUACUGACCAAAGACAGUCGCGGCGUCAUUGUCGAGCACAAAGGCAUUGUCAUGGAAAUCCUCAAGGAACUAAGCCGUGCUCUCAAUUUUAGUUACUACCUGCAUGAGGCGAAUUCUCACGAAUACCAACCUUCGCUAAUCCAGGGCACAAAUGAUAGCGAUGAGCUAAUGGGAUCGAUGACUUAUCGCAUUCCUUAUCGCGUUGUUGAGCUGGUGCAACACAACGAUUACUUUAUGGCCGCUGUGGCAGCCACCAUCGACGAGCCGCACAAGAAGCGCUUCAAUUACACACAGCCCAUAAGUGUGCAAAAAUACACGUUUAUACUGCGUCAACCGGACGAAGUGAGUCGAAUUUAUCUCUUUAUGGCGCCAUUUACGCUUGAGACGUGGGGCUGCCUGGCGGGGAUUACACUGCUAACAGCGCCAAUGCUGUAUGCGGUGAAUCGUCUAGUGCCACUGCAAGAGUUGCAGAUCAAGGGACUGUCGACUGUGAAGAACUGCUUCUGGUAUAUCUAUGGAGCGCUGCUUCAACAAGGUGGCAUGUAUUUGCCGAGAGCGGACAGCGGCAGAUUAGUAGUAGGCUUCUGGUGGAUCGUUGUCAUUGUACUCGUGACCACCUAUUGUGGCAAUCUGGUUGCUUUUCUCACGUUUCCCAAGUUCCAGCCAGGCAUAGAUUAUCUGUCCCAACUCUUUAACCACAAGGAAAUCAAGCAAUAUGGACUGCGCAAUGGUACCUUCUUUGAGAAAUAUGUGGAGACUACAACACGCCAGGAAUUCAAGCGUUUCGUGGAAAGUGCUGCUAUCUACAACACAGCACAAGGCGAGAAUGUUGAGGCAGUGAAACAUGGAGACCGUAUUAACAUCGAUUGGCGCAUCAAUCUGCAGCUGAUUGUACAGCAGCAUUUCGAAGUCGAUAAAGAGUGUCGCUUUGCCUUGGGCAAGGAAGAUUUUGUGGAUGAACAAAUCGGCUUGAUAGUACCUUCGAGUAGCGCCUAUUUGCAUUUGAUUAAUCAGCAUAUUGAUCGCUUGUUUCGCAUGGGUUUUAUUGAGCGUUGGCACAAAAUCAAUCUGCCGUCGAUGGACAAGUGCAAUGUUAAGAAUGUUCAGCGACAGAUAACCAAUCAUAAGGUGAACAUGGAUGAUAUGCAAGGCUGUUUCAUGGUGUUGCUGUUUGGCAUCAUUGCAGCACUGUUGAUCACCUGCUUUGAGUUCUGGUAUCAUCGUCUGGUUGUUGUGAAGCGACAGCGUAAGAACAUUGCGUUUGCCAAUUGAGAAAUACAACAAGACAUGGAGUCGCAUCCGAUAUUACAACUUGAAGUGUGUAAAAUAAGUUGUGGUUUUAAUUUGGGUUUUUACUAUAUGAACAUUAUUUUGCAAUAAAAAUCAGCUCCAGCUUAUUCUGUUGUUCAUCUAAGUUAUCUCCUCUUUACGUCGAGUUGGCGUUGGGGCCACGACGACGGCCAAAGCCGUGCACAAUGUUGACGAAGCGACGGUUGUACUGGAUCCUGCGCUUAGCACGGCCGGUCUUCUUCUUCUUCUUCUCCUGCUUCUCAACCUUUGGGGUCUGGCCCUUGACCUUACCGGCACGCGCCAAAGAACCGUGCACCUUACCACCAAUCAUGGGAAUGGUCAGAUCCAAC